CCCCCUCUGUUCUCACUCAACAGUUACAGACAUAGAGCUGAAGAGGCUGAAAGAUGCUUUCAAGAGGACUUGUGGCCUCUCCUAUUAUAUGACCCAGCAGUGCUUCAUCAGGGAAGUUCUUGGUGAUGGAGUCCCUCCAAAAGUUGCUGAGGUUAUCUACUGUUCAUUUGGAGGAAUAUCCAAAGGGCUGCACUUCAAUAACUUGAUAGUUGGAUUAGUUCUACUCACAAGAGGCAGAGAGGAAGAGAAAACAAAAUAUAUUUUCAGUCUCUUCUCUAAUGAAUCUGGGAGUUAUGUGGUCCGUGAUGAGAUGGAGAAGAUGCUGCAUGUGGUUGAUGGGAAAGUCCCAGAGUCACUCAAGAAAUGUUUCUCGGAGGGUGAGAAGGUGAACUACGAGAAGUUCAGGGUUUGGCUCCUGCACAACAAAGACGCCUUCACGUUCUCGCGGUGGCUGCUCUCGGGGGGCGUCUACGUGACCCUCACUGAUGACAGUGACACCCCCACCUUCUACCAGACCCUGGCUGGAGUCACCCACUUGGAAGAGUCCGACAUCAUCGACCUGGAGAAGCGCUACUGGCUGCUGAAGGCUCAGUCGAGAACGGGACGCUUUGACUUAGAAACAUUUGCCCCCUUGGUUUCCCCUCCAAUUCAUCCAUCUCUCAGUGAAGGUUUGUUUAAUGCUUUUGAUGAAAACCGAGACAAUCACAUAGAUUUUAAAGAAAUUUCCUGUGGGCUCUCAGCAUGUUGCAGGGGACCCUUGGCAGAAAGACAGAAGUUUUGUUUCAAGGUGUUUGACGUGGACAGGGACGGGGUGCUGUCCCGCACGGAGCUCAAGGACAUGGUGGUGGCACUGCUGGAGGUGUGGAAGGAUAAUCGGACGGAUAAAAUACCCGAGCUGGACAUGGGUUUGGCUGAGAUUGUAGAAGAUAUUUUGCAUACCCAUGAUAACACAAAGCUCGGACACCUCACUCUGGAGGACUACCAGAUCUGGAGUGUGAAGAGUUCACUUGCCAACGAGUUUUUAAAUCUGCUUUUUCAGGUGUGUCACAUAGUGCUGGGGCUCAGACCUGCCACCCCGGAGGAGGAGGGACAGAUUAUCAGAGGCUGGUUAGAAAGAGAGAGCAGGUAUGGCCUCCAGCCAGGGCACAACUGGUUUCUCAUUGCCAUGCCCUGGUGGCACCAGUGGAAAGAAUAUGUCAAAUACGAUGCAAAGCCUGUUGUGAUAGAGCCUUCAUCUGUCCUGAGUGGAGACACCCUUUACCCUGGGAGCCCAGGCUCUGAGGUGUGCUUUGCCAGGCAGCACAACACUUCAGACAACAACAACCAGUGUUUCCUUGGAAGCAACGGGAAUGCUCUGCUCCAGCUGAACCCUCAGAAACCAGGAGCCAUUGAUAACCAGCCCCUGGUGACACAGGAACCAGUGAAGGCUGCCUCACUAACAAUGGAGGGGGGGAGGUUAAAGAGAUCUCCACAGCUGGUGGAAGGAAAGGACUAUGUGAUGGUACCAGAACCAGUCUGGAGAGCACUUUACCACUGGUAUGGAGCAAAUCUGUCCUUGCCCAGGCCGGUGAUCAAGAACAGCAAGACCAAUGUGGCAGAGCUGGAGCUGUUCCCGCGGUACCUGCUGUUCCUGCGGCAGCAGCCGGCCACGCGCACCCAGCAGUCCAACAUCUGGGUCAAUAUGGGGAAUGUCCCUUCUCCAAAUGCUCCUCUAAAAAGGGUCUUGGCUUACACUGGCUGCUUCAGUCGGAUGCAAACCAUCAAAGAGAUCCAUGAAUAUCUGUCCCAGAGGCUGCGGAUCAAGGAGGAGGACAUGAGGCUCUGGCUGUACAACAGUGAGAACUAUCUCACCUUGCUGGAUGACGAAGAUCACAGACUGGAAUAUCUUAAAAUCCAGGAUGAGCAGCAUUUAGUAAUAGAAGUUCGGAACAAGGACAUGAGCUGGCCAGAGGAGAUGUCUUUUAUAGCAAACAGCAGUAAAAUAGACAGACAUAAAGUUCCUACUGAAAAGGGUGCUACAGGGCUGAGCAAUCUGGGGAACACGUGUUUCAUGAACUCCAGCAUCCAGUGUGUCAGCAACACACAGCCUCUCACUCGCUACUUCAUCUCAGGAAGGCAUCUCUAUGAACUUAACAGGACAAAUCCCAUAGGAAUGAAAGGACACAUGGCCAAGUGCUACGGGGAUCUGGUUCAGGAGCUGUGGAGUGGGACUCAGAAGAACAUUGCACCCCUAAAGCUGAGGUGGACAAUAGCAAAAUAUGCUCCAAGAUUUAAUGGCUUCCAACAGCAAGACUCCCAGGAGCUUCUGGCUUUCCUCCUGGAUGGGCUCCACGAGGAUUUGAACAGAGUUCAUGAUAAGCCAUAUGUUGAACUGAAGGACAGUGAUGGGCGACCAGACUGGGAAGUAGCAGCAGAGGCCUGGGAAAACCAUCUGAGAAGAAACAGAUCCAUUGUUGUGGAUUUAUUUCACGGGCAGCUGAAGUCACAAGUGAAAUGUAAAACUUGUGGCCAUAUAAGUGUUAGGUUUGACCCCUUUAAUUUUUUAUCCUUGCCUUUGCCAAUGGACAGCUACAUGCACCUAGAAAUUACAGUAAUUAAAUUAGAUGGUACCACUCCUGUUCGAUAUGGCCUGAGACUGAACAUGGAUGAAAAGUACACAGGAUUGAAAAAACAGUUAAGUGAACUCUGUGGGCUCAAACCAGAACAGAUCCUACUUGCAGAGGUGCACAGCUCCAAUAUAAAGAACUUCCCUCAAGACAACCAGAAGGUGAGGUUGUCGGUGAGCGGGUUCUUGUGUGCGUUUGAGAUCCCCAUCCCAGGAUCCCCCACGUCAGCAUCGAGCCCUGUGCAGACAGACACCUCCACUGGGCCCUCAGCUAACGGAGCCCCCACCAUCCUGAUGAACGGGGACCUUCCCAAGCCCCUCAUUCCCAACGGGAUGCCAAACACUGUCGUGCCAUGUGGGACCGAGCGGAACCCGCCCGGCUGGGCCCUCAACGGCCACGUGCCCUCGCUGUGUGACAGCCCCUGCACAGGGUACAUCAUUGCAGUGCACAGGAAAAUGAUGAGGACAGAGCUGUACUUCCUUUCAUCCCAGAAGAAUCGUCCCAGUCUCUUUGGAAUGCCCCUCAUUGUUCCCUGCACGGUGCACACCCGGAAAAGGGACCUGUACGAUGCCGUGUGGAUCCAGGUGUCCAGGCUGGCCAGUCCCCUCCCUCCUCAGGAGGCCAGUAACCAUGCCCAGGACUGUGAUGACAGCAUGGGGUAUCAGUAUCCCUUCACCCUCAGGGUAGUUCAGAAGGAUGGAAAUUCUUGUGCUUGGUGUCCAUGGUACAGGUUCUGCCGGGGCUGUAAAAUCGAGUGCACAGAGGACAGAGCCUGUGUGGGCAGCGCUUACAUCGCUGUGGACUGGGACCCCACCGCCCUCCACCUGCGCUACCAAACCUCCCAGGAGCGGAUCGUGGAAGAACACGAGAGUGUUGAGCAAAGCCGCCGGGCUCAGGCGGAGCCCAUCAACCUGGACAGCUGCCUGCGAGCCUUCACCAGCGAGGAGGAGCUGGGGGAGGAUGAGAUGUACUACUGCUCCAAGUGCAAGACCCAUUGCUUGGCCACCAAAAAACUGGAUCUCUGGAGACUUCCCCCUAUUUUGAUCAUUCACCUGAAAAGGUUUCAGUUCGUAAACGGCCGCUGGAUAAAAUCCCAGAAAAUUGUCAAAUUUCCCCGAGAAAAUUUUGACCCAAGUGCCUUUUUGGUACAAAGGGAUCCAAGUCAUUUCCAAAGGAAGGCCCUGACGCUCCAGGUGGACACGGAGCCACGGAGCCUCCCAGGGGAGCCCAGGAAAACAGAGCUGCAGAGCUCUGGCACACCAGGGGAAGGAGAGACACUCAACAGGAGCCCGUCCUCCCUCAACACUACUGUCCUCAACAGUGUCAAAGCAUCUCCAUCUCUGGGGAGGAAAGGUGGAACCAGCUGUCCCUCGAGUAAAAACAGCAGCCCAAACAGCAGCCCCAGGACUUUAGGGAGGGGCAAAGGGCGGCUGCGGCUGCCCCAGCUGGGGAAAAACAAACUGUCCAGCAGCAAAGAGAACUUGGACGCCAACAAGGAGAACGGUACCGAGCAGGAGCAGGGGGAUGCCCUCACCAAGGGGCACGUGCUGGGGGGCAGCCAGAGCGAACUGUGCGGUGCCCAGGAGGGCGAGGGGCCUCUGGCCAACGGGUACCUGUGCGAGCAGAGCUCCUUCAGCAACGGGCUGAGCGCGCAGGGGGACGCCCACAGCGAGGACGACGGCGCCGACGACCAAAGAGAGGACGUGUGUGCGAACCCCAUCUACAACCUUUAUGCAAUCUCGUGCCAUUCAGGAAUUAUGGGAGGGGGUCAUUACGUCACUUAUGCCAAAAACCCGAACAACAAGUGGUACUGCUACAAUGACAGCAGCUGUAAGGAGCUGCACCCGGAUGAGAUCGACACGGACUCUGCCUACAUUCUGUUCUACGAGCAGCAGGGGGUGGACUAUGCCCAGUUCCUGCCCAAGAUCGACGGCAAGAAGAUGGCAGACACGAGCAGCAUGGACGAGGACUUCGAGUCCGACUACAAGAAGUACUGCGUGCUGCAGUGAGCGAGGAGGAGCUGCCCGCCGUGGGAGCAGGGGAGGGGGACACCCUGCAGGGCAGGGGACGCUGAGGGCGUCCCUGGGACGCGUCACCCACGCGUGGUUGUCGCAGCCCGUGGGCCGAAAGCACAAAAAGCACCCCCUGGUUACCCAGUUAAUAUCCAGUAGUAUCGUUUUGUUCUGUUUUCUCACUACGCGCUCUGAACGUUUCUGAUGUCGGACAUCAGGCUGAGACUGCCACUGGCCUUUAAAUCUAAUGGUUUGAGAAAAGCCACCCAGGACCAAAUAAGAGCUAAAUUAAAUAGUCCAAAUAAGAGCUAAACAAAGUAGUGUAGAGUUUACCAACUGUUCUAACAACCCCCCGAGGCUCUCGUUAGGUUUAAGGUAAUGGGGAAAACCAAUUUGUAGUGUUGUCUUUGGACAACAUGAUAUUGCUACCUCCUUUUUCCUGCAGUUUUAUUGCAUUUUAUUGGCAAAACAGGGAAAGCAAGAGAAGGAAAAGUGCACAAACCGAAAGAAUUACCGUCAAGAGUAGGAGAAGUUUCCAGUUUUGCCACCACUGAUGUGUGUCCGUUGCUUUCUUUCUGUAUGUUGGGAGCACAACCCAAAUCAUCCUUUGAGAAGAGAUUCAUUUCUGCACUCGAAUGGUUUGUUCUCUUGUGUUUCCUCCCCGUGCUGGCCGUGCACAUCCAGCAGGUUUCUUCAGCCUGGAGAGUGCUGGCUCAAACCUCUGAGCUGCCUCAGGCUGCAGAGAGUAGCUGUGGUUCCACUCGUGGUGUCUUUAAAGUGUGCACGUUGCACGGGGCGUUCCCGGCGUGCGGAAGGAGAGACGCUUGAGCUUUUAUGUUCCAUGACCGGUGUUGCUUUUUAAAUUUGCACUUUUGAAAAUGCGUAGAAUUGAAUUGAAAAACCAGAGUUUGGUUUUUUGUUGUUUGUUGUCGUCGUUGUAAGGGCUCUGGAGUGAAUGGCUGUGAAUUAUCCACUGUGUAUUUCCAAGGGAGGCGAAGCUGUGGCUGUCAGGGAGCUCUCGUAGCAUUCAUGGAUGGAGAUAUUUUUUUUUUUUUUUGGUUUCAUAAUUUAAUGGAGUUUCUUGGUUUCAAAAUUUGGUUGCCUUUUCAAAUUUUCUUCUUUUUUUUCUUUUUUUUUUUUAAAACAACAGUUUAUGCAAAUACUUGCAAUGAAACCAGAAUUGCUUUCCCUGCCCUUGCAACAGUGCUCUGUAACUCCAGGGGCCUGUUGCAGGAGGGAAGGUGUGACUGAGUCUUAGCAGAGACUGGAAAAAAAGAUGGUUGUUUUUUGAGCAGGCAUUUCCUUGAACAUUUUCAGUGUUAAGUCGUUUGCAUAUCUGAAUGAAGAUAAAAAUCUCACUCUUUUGGCCUUUUUUUUUUCCUUCAGCUGAGUUCAAGCAGCUCAUUAAUUUUGUCCUGUGUCAUCUUCCCAGUUCUCUGGAUUCUGUAUCUUCACUGACAGAGCUGUGACUUACGUGGUUCUCUGAAAUGAACGUUUGGAUUCUUCCUGAGGGGUUUUACAAGGCUGCCAAACCUUCAGUGGGUUUGUCACUCCCAGGAAGGUCUGAGCUUUCUCCAUGUGAGGAAUGGAAUCAGCUGGUCUGGCUGUUCCCUCCUUGGGAGGUUGUGCCUCUGCAGGGGCAGCAGAUCUGUUCCAAAAAUGGGUAUUGUCUUACCUGUCAGGUGUUGCUCCUUAUCCUCUCUGGUCUUUUAUCUUUCAAGUGGUCUAAACAUUGAGCCUGAAGAAAAGCAAACAUGACUUGGGAAUUUCUAGGGUAGAAGCUUUUUCAAUACCCACUUGUCUGCUCCUCCCUCAGCAAACUCCAUGAAAAGUGAAAGAUUUUCAACUGAUUUACUUUAAAAUGUUUUAUUUAAGCAGGUAGCACAAUCUACUAAUGUUAUUUGAUCUUCUGUGUUUGUUACAUUGGUUGUAAUUAAUUUUUUAAAUUAAAUUAAUUCAUAAAUUAGUAGUAAAUUUAUUAAGUUAACUAUUAACUACAUUCACUUUGUAAAUUAUUGUAUAAAAACUUAUUGACAAUGCACUGACUUUAGAAAGAUGUUAAUGUACAUAAAUACCUUGUAAAUAAAAUAGUGUUGAUGUACUGGAAUAUGAGCUGUAUUAAAACAAAGGUAUUGGUAAUUGUAUAUGGAGUGAACCUGUUUAUCUGUAACUAUAUUAUUCAAACAAAUUAAAUACUGUGGAUGCAGAUGAAGUGUCA